AUGAAUGCCUACCGCGAACGAAACGUACAAACCCCGGACACUCCUCCGUCAGCCGAUGCUGGCGGCGAGGCCACCAAAACCGACACUACUGAGCCCACCACUGACCCUCCAUCAAGAAAUGCAACCAGACCCAGCGUAGGAUGCACCAUUACCCAUUCCUGCUCAUCACACGACCCAUCGCACAGAGACACAUUUGAUCCGCCAUGUUGGCAAAUGAUCGAGUACCGCCAUAAGGACUGCGACAUUUGCCACGCAUUCAUAGCCUUCAACAGCCGGUUCACCACAGACCUCAACAACCAUUACGAGAAAGUGGCAGAGCUGGCUCUCAACACGAUUAAUGUCUUCCACGAGGGCUCACCCAUAGUCCAGAGUGUAGACGUGUCAAGCCACAGUGAGAAAGAAACGACCCGUCUAGCAGUGGAGGUGACUGCUUCAACAGUAGACUGA